AUGUCCGACAUCAACCGCGAAACUACAGCGCCCGAAGAUCGAAACUCCGCCGCUGCUGUCGUCUUGCCAAACGAUCCUUUGGACUGGACUAACGAUCACAUAGCGGCAUGGUUGAAAUGGUGUGGCAAACAUUUAGAGUUGUGGCCAAUUCCGAAAUCAGACGACUUUCCUACUACCGGUUACAAUCUUUGUUCAUUAGAUAGGGCAGAGUUUGACCGUCGAUCGCGGAACAGACGGUCUGGCCGAUUAUUAUUACUGCAUUUGUCAUUACUUCGACAGCCUGUCACUGGAACGCCACCUAGUCCCAGCCUCACAACACCAGAAGACGGUAAGUGGCUGUAA